CGGUAUAUUUUAACGAUAAAUCCGCGGUCACACUGAUUCCGGCAUCCAUUGAUGUUUUUCCGAAAUGUUGCGUGUUUUAAGUCGACGUUUCUAUUGCAAAAUUGCAGCCAAAACGAAUUUUAAGACUGCCAAAUUGGACUUCAAGGAGCUACGGUACGCUACGAAGGUGCCACAAACGCCGGUGGACACAGUCUUUCCAGAGACAACCGCCAACAGAGUGGAGAUUGAUGCAAAAACCAUUCAAUUACUGGAGCGCCUCUCCCUGGUGAAUCUGGAUAGCGAACAGGCAUUGGCCACGCUCAACAGUAGCAUCCAGUUUGCGGACAAGAUAGCCCACAUCAAUACGGAGAACGUUCGGCCGCUUUACACCGUGCUCGAGAACCAGCAGCUCCAGUUACGCAACGACGAGGUGAAGGAGGGUGACUGUCGCGUGGAGCUGCUGAGAAACGCCAAGGUGACGGACGAAGAUUACUACGUCUCGCCGCCUGGCAAUAUACCGCUGGAACAAUGAGUCGUCUAAGUCGCUGCUUCAGGUCUUUGGAAUCCGCUGGCUUCUUCCGCGUCCUAGACGACAGCCACGUCGAACUCCUUUCGCACGGGCACGCCUAUGCCGAUCUGCUGAAACAACAGUGGCUAAGUCUGCGGCCCCUGGCUGCUCAUCUGGGCACCAGUCAUUCCACUGAAGCCGUUUCCUCGACGCACCUCCAGCGUUUUUCAUUUUCCCGCACCGAACUAUUCCGUUCCCACUUCCAGCAGCUGGUUCAAGAGCAUCCCCGAAAGGCAAAAUGUCCCACACUCCUGAAGCAUCUGUGCACCUCCUACUCCUGCCAACCCAAUCCUUUCCUUAGGCACAAGGCUCCUGUUACGCAUUUGAUUACCGACUUUUUGGUGGAGCCCUAUCGCGCCCUGGAGCACUUCUAUAAUAUGCAGCGCGAGAGCAAGAUUUGGUGGAUGAGGUACUCCUCGAACCCCAGUCGGUACCGAAUCGUUCCCCACGAACUGCCGGAGGAGGCGGAUGCCAAAGACUGCCAAGGAAUCGACAUCAUAUCCAGCUACGGCAAAGAGGGUAGAGUGGCAGUGGAGCAACUGAGCCUGGUGAUGCU